CUAAAACGAAAAGGCCAAGAAUAGCCCCUCCCUCCACAUCCGCUCGGACCCGUCCAUUACCCAAGCCCUCCGACGACGCGGCGCAUACUCGAAAACACCUACGGCGCCACAACCACCAAGGCCGUCUCUCUGCAUCCGCCGCCGUUACCGUCCAUUUUUCGCUGAUGGUUGCCACAGUCCCUCCUUUCUUCUCGUCGCUGACACCCCGCGUUCGUCCAUUGGCAUUAUCUCGAAGAAAUCAAUUAUCCCUCGACAAAACUUCGUCUUUGAGACUACUUUUAUCCCCUGGGCUUUUUCAAAUUGAGUUUAGAGAGUUUUUCACUUCUAAUUUGAAGCAGAGGGCUCACGGACUAGCAAUGUCGGCGAAGAAGUCAUCCAAAGGAUCAACGCAAGUUGUGGAAACGUACAAGCACACUAUCGAUCUUCCAAAAACCAAUUUUGGCUUGCGGGCAAAUUCGAUUGUGAGGGAGCCUGAGAUUCAAAAAAUAUGGGAGGACAAUGAGGUCUUCAAGCGGGUUGUGGAUAGGAAUACAGGGGUAACUUUCAUUUUGCAUGAUGGACCGCCUUAUGCUAAUGGAAAGUUGCACAUGGGACAUGCUCUGAACAAGAUUUUGAAGGAUAUUAUUAAUCGGUAUAAGCUUUUUCAAAAUUAUAAAGUUCAGUUUGUUCCUGGUUGGGAUUGCCACGGCCUUCCAAUAGAGUUAAAAGUACUGCAGUCGAUGGAUCAAGCUGCUCGAAAGGACUUGACACCAUUAAAAUUGAGGGAAAGUGCUGCUAAAUUUGCAAAAGAGACUGUCGAUGUUCAAAUGAAGUCUUUUAAGCGUUAUGGGGUGUGGGCAGACUGGAGCAAUCCUUAUUUAACACUUUCUCCAGAAUAUGAAGCUGCACAGAUAGAAGUAUUUGGCCAGAUGGCCACUAAAGGAUACAUCUAUAGGGGUCGGAAGCCCGUCCAUUGGAGUCCAUCCUCCCGCACGGCACUUGCUGAGGCAGAGCUAGAGUAUCCGGAUGUUCAUGUAUCUAAGAGCAUAUAUGCUAUUUUUAAGAUGGUUAGUGCAUCUCCUACUUCUCAAGUUAUUUUGGAAGAAUUUUUUCCAGAUUUGUGCUUGGCCAUAUGGACAACUACUCCUUGGACCAUCCCAGCAAAUGCAGCUGUGGCAGUAAAUCCUUCGCUUAUUUAUGGUGUGGCCGAGGUACAGUCAGUCCUUGAGGAGCCAUCGUCAUCUCCUGGAAAGCAAACAGGUUUAGGAAGAAUUUUGAAAAAUGAGGAAAAGAAGCCAUUCAUCAUUGUGGCAUCAGAUCUUGUACCUACACUUGAGUCAAAGUGGGGGGUGAAGCUCGUUAUCAAGAAAACUUUCCUUGGAGCAGCUCUAGAAAACAGCAGGUACCUUCACCCUUUGGAUGGAAAGGAAUGCCCUGUUGUGAUGGGGGGAGACUACAUCAACACUGAGUCAGGAACUGGACUUGUUCAUACAGCCCCUGGCCAUGGCCAGGAGGAUUAUAUAACUGGCUUAAAAUAUGGACUGCCAAUACUUUCUCCUGUUGAUGACAGUGGAAAUUUUACUGAAGAAGCGGGGAAGUUCAUUGGCUUCAAUGUAUUAGGGGAUGGAAAUGCUGCUGUUGUGGAGUAUCUUAAUGACAAUAUGUCGCUUCUUUUAGAAGAACCUUAUA